AUGGCGCUUCCCGUGGUCAAGCUCGACGCCACCCUCUCCGACCUCUACCGGGAGGCCUGCCCCCAAAACGCCCGGACACGCCUCGGGAUGGCGUUCUGCGGUAUCUCCUCCGCUGUGGGCCUCACACGGGAUGUCCCACGUAAUACCAAAUUCAUUUACCAAGACCAAACUUUCGUCAAAGGCUCUCACCAGGAGCUCAGCAACGACAACAUUUCCCUAACGCGCUCGCUGGCCAAGAAAUGUCUCAGUCACAUCUCGCAGCGGGAUUCUUUUCUUGCUGGAAAUGCCCCCGUCAUCUUUUUCAACCUGGGGCGCUCUUCUGAAGAUAUCGAGCACGACCGCCGCGAUGCUGAGGCCACGUUCUCUGCACUUGACCCUUCCCAACGACCAGAGCUGAUCUUCUGCGCUGGUCCGGCCAGCAUCCCUUUGAAGGAACAUGCCAUUGACAGACUCCAAUACAAAGUCAUCUUGGAUGGGUUGGAACAACACCCACUCACACAUAGUCUGGAAGCGCACUUCAUACUCAACAGCAAAGGCGCCCUUGCUCGCUCUGGUAUACCCACGCCAAAAUGUCAGUUUGUCGAGACAGAAGCCCCGCCUCCGCCGGCGCAAGACUGCUGUUUGCCGUGCCAGGAGCUUGACAAUGACAAGUCCCUCACCGCCGCCAUUCCGCUUGCGUGUGAGGGACCCAGGGGCUGUUGGUUAUCUGCGCAGAUAGGACGCAUCCUGGACGCUGUCCGUGCCCGGCCCAUCCCUUUUGUUGUCAAAACCCAGCAAGGGUAUGGCGGGGCCGGGACAUGGCUUAUCCGUACUGAGGUCCAAAAGGCUCAGCUGCUGUUGGAAUUAGGGGGGGAUCCCCGGGGAGACGGAGCCAGGACAGAGGAAGGCCGGAACGUAGGACAAGCCAUUGGAGGAGGACUUCUUCAUCGUCUUCUUCCCUUGCUAACCUCGGAGAACGCACAUCUCUCUCCGACCGCCAUCCUCCUUACUGAGCUCAUUGAGGACCCCGUUAACGAUUAUGGCCUUACCUUCCUCGUCACCUCAACUGGCGAAGCUCGCUUCCUUGCCGCUUCUGAGCAGAUCCUGACCACCCCCACCCGUGCGAGUACCAAUCGCCUCAACAGCAGGACCAGUAGCAGCAGCAGCCUCAGCUCUAACAACACCAACGGAACCUCCACUGAUACUGCCAGCGAUAGCGAGAGCACCACGAGUGAAGCAACCACAGAUACCACCAUCACGACAAUCUCUGGCUCGGUUUGGACCGGCAGCACCAUCUCCUAUUCCCGGCAAGAUGCCCUCCGCAAGCGCUUGACCCCCUUGAUGGAGCGUAUCGCCGCUUGGGUCGCCUCACAUGGCUACGCGGGCCCCGUUGGUGCCGACGUUCUGGAAGCUUCCAAUCGGGGCGACGGAGGCGAGGAGUUUUUUGUCGUCGACCUGAAUGUGCGUACCACCGGGAGCAUGUCUUUGCCAUUGAUGCGGGGCCACUUCACCAGUCGCGGGUUGAUGUGUGCGAGCACUUUUUCACUUGCGUCGGCGAUUGGUAGAAAGGAGUUUAUUCAAAAGUGGAGAGAGUUGUUUGAGGCAGGGAGGAUGGUGAUUUUGAGCUGGUUUGAAGAUUCGGAGGACGGGGAGGGUGGGGUUGUCAGUAGCAUUGGGGACGUAGCGCUGGGUGCAGAGGAUGAAAAGGCCUUGGAGGAAACGAUGAUGAAGGUAAAAGCCGGUACAGAGGAUGUUACCCUUUGA